CGGCUCGAAGUGGAAACUCCAGGUCUGCACUAGCGUCAAUUCUAUCAACUCGAGCUCCGUACCAAAGCUGGUACUGCUAAUGGUCACGCGCGCGACAUACCCAGUCACACCGAAAUUUAUAUGUCUGUUGUGUCUUAUUUGCAUACAGUGGAGUGUUUAUAUCGUGUAGGUUAAUAGGAUAUUUAUUAAGGUAUACGGAAUGCAACGCCCAAAAUGGACGAACCAUGGACCCAGAUCCGCAAGAUCUCUUUAGCGACAUUCACCAUCGUUCUCUGCCUUUCGCUUCUAGUCAAUUCCUGCGAAAUCGACCAAAAAAUUAGUGAUGACAGUGACUUAGAGACAGAAUUAAAAAAUUACGUGGACAAUGUGUUUAGUGUAAACGACCUUAGUAUAGUGCCAGGAAUUAAAAUCGAAGCAGUACGCGCACGCGAUGGUGUUAACAGGACAUUUAUGGACGGUUGUCAAAGCGGAAGGAGUUUGGAAGGAUUACAGGAGUAUGUCGAUAGGAAGAUCGAUCAGUUUACUAAUCGUCAUACGUUGUCUGUGAAUGUUCCUGAGACGGCGAGGUUCUUAUUUUCAUCAGGUGAGUCAAACAAGAAUGAUUCAGGCAAGAGUUCUUUCCUGACCGGAUUCGGCAUGGGUUUUUUAGCGUUCGGCUUGAAGAAACUCCUGCUGCCAUUUUUUAUAGGUGCCCAACUGCUCAAGAGCGUGGUGAUUGCGAUGUUCCUGCCUUCGAUCCUCGGCGGUCUCGGGAAAAUCGUCGGCAAAGGAUUGUCCACGUUCUCCGGCAUCUCGGGAGCUUCUACGGGAUUGAACAACCACCAGAAUCAGUUGGAGGACUUCGAGUUCAAAGAUGUCGAUCCGUACCAUAACGAGGCUGGAUUGGGCCACAACUUCAAUGCGGAGGCUGCUGCUACUAAUAAUCAAUUGGUUACGGUUGAUGAAACUGGGAAUGGUGUUACUGAUAGCAGGCAUUCCCCUAACCAACGAAUAGCCUUCGCUUCUCCGCACAGCGACAACUACUACCUAAGAAGACCCGAGAAAAAAACCGACUACAAGGUGUUCCAUAAAAUUCCGUCAUCAUCGAUGCUCCUUACCAGCUACGAUCCGUUCUACAGCCCGUUGCUCUCGCGACUCGAUGCCAUUUUCAAGCAAUUGGGUUUGGGGAACGCGAAAUCCCGAGAGACCGAGAGAUGUCGAGAACGACUAGUCUGCAUGAUGUACGCCAAUCCGACCAAAUACGCGCCGUACAGCAAUCUGGUCUCCGCUCAGCUUAGCAGAGAACUUAAUGAACUGCGCAAGCCAUCGAACGACAAUCCCGAUAUCCUCAGAUUUUUCAGAUACAUGAAGGCCGCCAAAGAUGGUCAAGAUGGCGUCAAGUGCGAAUCACACGGCGGAUGUCCAUCUUUAACCACCAACAAACCUAGUCCCGCUAUGGUCACUACUUUUAACGACAUUAAUAAAUUAGUGUUGGCGCGAAAAUUUCAACGAUAAGAAAAUUUCAACGAUAACUGGAAAAUCUUAUCUUGACAACAAAGAGUCAGUUAUUGAUAAAAUUUGUUAUUUAUUUAUUUAUUUAUUUAUUUAUUUGAAAAAAUGAUUGAAUCAGGAUGGAUGUUUGUUUUUUCGGGGACCCAAAACCAUUUAUUUCUUUAACGUUUAUACGAUGUUUACACGGUCACUGUUACUUGUCAGUGUCACAGAUAUGACAAUGGUACUGUCCUUUACAGAAUGCAAUUAGGCAUUUCAAAGACCUGU